GGGCUCCUGGCCCUUCGGCCCUCGGGGGUCUCACGGCGCUGGGACGAGGCGGGGCUGCUCUCCGCAGCCGGGGCGCUCGGCGGACGGACCCGGGCCGGGGAAGGGCGACCCCAGCGGCGCGGAGCUGAGCGUUCCUCGGGGAGGAGAGGGAGCCAGGGGCCUCCGGGGCUCCGGGUGCGGGGACCCCAGGCUCCUCGCCCCGGCCCGGGCCGCCUCGGCCGGAUCUCGGCGGUCUGAACUCUCGGGCGGCGGCGAGGGCGGCGUGUCCACUGUCGAGGCAUGAAGGCUGCUGUGCUGGACCUUGGGUCGCUCUUGGCCAAACUCUUCGAGACCUCGACGGCGCCCCCCGCAGGCCCCUCCUCCAGACCCUCGGGAGGUGCUGCCGCUGCAGGGUCGGGGGGCUCCAGGGCGGGCACCCCGUUGGGCACCGCCCCGACCCCGACCCUCCUCCGCGCCCUGGCUCCGGACUCCCCCUCCGCCUCGCGGCGGUCGCCCGCUCCGCUCCUCCCCUCCCCCUACUCCCGGGGCUCCGCCGCCAGCCGCGCCGCGGGAGCAGUGGGGACCCUGCUCUCUUGGCCCGGUAGCCCGAGAGCGGGUAAAGCCCCGCCCCAGCCCCCCACUCCCUCCGGCGGGGGCUGCUCCCCUGCUCGCCUGGUGGUCCCAGCGCGGCCGCCCUCGGGCCCCGGCGGGGUCUGGGCCGCGCUCCCCAGGAACCCGCUCCAGCCUGGCCCCGGAGAGCGAGAGCCCGGCGCCUGCGUGGCCCCCGGGGCUGGCCCCAGAACCCUGUUCCUUACGCUGCCUGACAUCGGCGAGGAGGGGGCCUCGGACAGCGACUCCGGGGAUGGCGAAGCAAGAGGACUGUCAGAAGGACGUAGAAGGCACAGUUUUACUGUGAGAAGCAAAGAUUCUUUACCUACGCAUUUUACAAGAAAUGUGCAGAAAGCCAUUGAUAAAUAUACCUGCGAAUCCUUGUCAUCCUUUUCCUCCAGCGGAAGCCACACACCCACGGGAGCCCACACCUCUUGGUCUGGGUCGGCCACACAGAGCUCCACCACCGGCUCGUCCACGGAGAGGGGCUCCAUUUAUUCCUGGAGAGAUGACGAAUUUGACGAAGCCAGUUCACAGUCAGUGCAGCGGUUACUCUGGGAGGUGGAGGAAAUGUUAUUUGAAGGGAAAGUGAACCCUCAGACCCAGAGUCUGCUGGCCGAAUGCGGGGAGUGGACAAGAAGAUCCCUCCAUUUGAGAGUAUUAGGAAGACAGCUAAUCCUGCCCACUGACGAAGGCGUCCAGCAUUUCCAGGGCAGCACUCCUGCCUCUGCAGUCCACAGACCCCCGCUCAGUGCCUGCGGACACAGCAGCAACAUCAGAGAGUUGUGCAUUUCUGGCUCUCAAAUAGUCCCAGCAGCACUCUCAGCCUCUGCCUUGCCAGGCCCUGAUGACACAGGGGUUGCUGACCUAACGGCACGUUCAUCCCUGGAAGAAGAGGUUUACCAUGUGGAUGGAAAGAUUGAGGAGUAUUUCGCUUUUGACAGAAAAGAGGAUGAUGAUGAAUGUCUUGAACAAAAACCAGCUCAGCCUGGUAGGAAAUGGCGUGAACUCGGACUUCCUCCUGUUUCCCCGUGUGACUGUGUCAAAGAUGCCGUGGCAGCAGAAGUGUUUGAUCACGUCUGGACAAAUAUGGUAGAACUUUUGGAAGAGCUGAUUAGAAAACACUGGGAAACUACACUCACAGAAGGGAAAAAACAGAGAGAAACAUUGAAAGUGGCUGGAAACAGAUUUCCGCACGUCCUCGUUCCACGCGCUCACGCUGACGGAGCCAGUGGCCCCCCGUGCGGAAGCUCCGAGGCUCACGGCUUCUCCCUGGCUUCUCGUCUGAACCCGCCCCAGGAACACUGGCCGGCGGGCUGUGCUGAAGCUCACUGCUGCCACCAGAGCCACUCCAGCUGCUGGCCGCUUCUCUCCUGGAACCUUCACUCGCCAGACCCAGGCAGCCUUCCAGGAGCCAUGUCUGCUGGUCCCAUGUCUACUGAUCCCAGGCGACCACCAGCCUCUCAGAGAGGCGUCUUGGCUAACCCACCUCCCAUUGCUCUGUGGAACACAUUCUCCUCUGUGCUGUGUGGAAGUCGCCAUCCCGUGCAACAAGGGAGCUCACUCAGUGGGCCUGAAGGGGUGGCUGCUGGCUCAGGGAGUUCUGGGCAUGCGUGACACCACCCCCCAGGAACACCCAUGGGAGUCCACGCCUGACCUCUGCUUCUGCAGAGACCCUGAAGAGAUGGAGGUGGAAGAGCAGCCUGCUGCUGAUGCAGCUGUGGCCAAGGAGGAGUUUCAGGGGAACAGAUUGCUCCAGUGCCUGCUGAGCAUUGCUGCCCAGCCUGAGGCUGCAGACCCAGCCCAAGUACACUGCCGCCCAGCCUGAGGCUGCAGACCCAGCCCAAGUACACUGCUGCCCAGCCUGAGGCUACAGACCCAGCCCCUGUGUGCACGGCUGUCCAGCCUGAGGCUGCAGACCCAGCCCAAGUACACUGCUGCCCAGCCUGAGGCUGCAGACCCAGCCCCUGUGUGCACGGCUGUCCAGCCUGAGGCUGCAGACCCAGCCCCUGUGCAUACUACCGCUCAGCCCAAGGGUGCAGACCCAGCCCCUGCACACACUGCCGCCCAGGUUGAGGGUAGAGACCCAGCCCCUGCACACACUGCUGCUCAGCCUGAGGCUGCAGACUGCUCUGAAGGUGCAGGUACCCUUGUGCCUAUUCAGCCGUCCCUACUGCAGACUGGAGCACUCAGCCUGCCAGGCAAGCCUGUUCUGCAGCUCCCAAUGCUCAGGCCCCUGAAUGAGGAGGAUCAACCACUGAGCAGUCUCAAGCUGUUCUUCCACAGGCCACCAGCAAGAUGGAAAUAAGGCCGAUGGAAAAUAAACAUCAGUUUCUAUUUAAAACAAUGAUAUUCGGGUCUGUUUGCAACGUGAUUAUUUCAUGAAGUUUAACAGAAUUACCACAUGGCACUGCUCUGAGAUGUGAAGCUGUUUUCUACAUUUUGGGAGAUUAAAAAAAAUGCUUUCCCCUAAUAUUUCGAGCUAGUUUGAAAAUUAUAAACGUUCUCCUUUCUUUCCACCAAAGUGAUAAAAGAACCAAUGAGUAUACAUUGGGCUUACUCAGCAUUUAUUGGUUGUAGUUGAGGCGUUUUGAGGAGAUACAGAGGUGAAUCCUAGUGAUACAAAAGCCGUGACACAGGGUCAGGUGCAAUACAUUCUGUGAGGGUCGCGCAAAAAAAAACUUGUAGAAGAAUCAAAGAGAGAGUGAUUUGUUCUGAUUACAGGAGGGGGAUUGGUCUUUUACAUUGAAGGUAAAAUUUGAGCAGGAAUGAGCAAGGCUCUUGUGGGAGAGAACUCUGGGUGGGCCAUUUCAGGCCAAGCAAAGGCGUGGAUGAGUAAAAGAUGGGGCCUGUUUGGGGACUGUGACUGGGCUGAGUUUAGGGGAUAAGAAACUGGCAACUGCAGCAUAGUGGCAAGAACGGGGAAUUAGGAAUCGAGAGGCCUGAGAGGAGUAUUCUUCUGGAUAUGUUGUUUAACUUUUCUGAACUUUAGUGUCCUUAGCUUUUAAUGAGAUUAUUAUCUUGUCCAAGGGAUUAUUGUGAGGAUAAAAUCAUAGAAAUACCUGAGAGCUCCUACUACAGGGGCCAGCACAUACUGAGCGCUUAAUCAAUUUUUCUUGAAUUGCAUUUUUAUUGAGAGAUGUGGUCGCAGGUGAGGCUGGAAAGGAUACACUUGUUCACGCGAGGCCUGUAGUGGUGCCAAGGAGGUUGUUUCCACUGCCCACCUUGUGGGGGGAGCAGAGAACACGGGUAAGGCAGGAUUCCUAGUCCUGAGCUACACAGAAUUUAUAGUAUAGUUGGAGGGAGCCCAGCCAUGCCACACAACACACACAGACACACACCACACCACUCACACACACACCAAACACACCACACACACUGCACACAUCCCCCCACACACCCCACACACAAACGCACACCCCACGCAAACACACCACAUACCAUACACCACACACACACCACACACCAAACACAUACCACAUACACACACACACUACACACACACACCAUGCACACACCACACACCAAACACAUACCACAUACACACUACACACACCACGCACACACACCACACACCAAACACAUACUACAUACACACACACUACACACACACACCACACACACACCACACACCAAACACAUACCGCAUACACACACUGCACACACACCACACACACCACGCACCACACACACCACUCACACACUGCACACACCCCUGACACAAACACACCACACACCAAACACACACCCCACACAAACACACCACACACACAGAAAACACAUACCACAUACACACACACCACUCACACACACACUGCACACACCCUCCACAUAAACACACCACACACCAAACAUACAUCCCACACAAACACACCACACACCACACACACACCACACACUAUACAAACACAUACCAAAUACACACAUACACACACACUACACACCACACGCACACCCCACACAUGCACACAUACUACAUACCACACACACCACAUAUCAUACACACACCACACACAUACACCACAUGCAUACACAACCCACAACACACCACACAUGUACACACCCCACACCUACACACCCCACACAUACACACACACCUUCACACAUACCACCCACACUACCACACACCACACACACACCUCACCACACACCACACCACACCACACCACACACACACCACAUCACACCACACCACACACACACACACACAUCUCCCCACAUGGGAGGCAGUCUAGCUGAUAGCAGAGUGAAGCUUGCGUAUAUAGACUACUAGUUCUGGGCUUGAUGUCUGCAUUUAAUACUCCGUGAUUUUAAAUCAGUCCCUGUUUCUCAAAACCUCAGUUUCCUGAUUUAUGAGGUAGGAAGCUGUGAGAAUUAAAGGAGAUAAAACAUUUCGCGUAGUGUCUGGUGUAGAGUGGACAUUCAAUAAGUGUUACCUUUUGUUAUAAUCAGAUGCUAAUUAUAUAUUAAUAGUCUAUAUAAUCCUUUGUAAUUAGAUUUUUGUGUAAUUUUUUAAUUAGAUGUAAUGUUUUGUAAUUAUAUAUAUUUUAUAAUGAGAUGUGUUUUGGAUCAUAAGUGCCCUGGGAGUCAGAAGAAAAAUAUACUUUUCUCAGAGUAGGGUAAGAUAUGAACCCAGCCCUAAAUGACAGGUGUGAUUCGUUAACAUGAGAAAGGAAGGGAGGCUCUUCAAAGCAAAAGCAAAACUGCACCUGGCGUGGGAGCUUCUAAACCCGCCAUCUUUGUGAGACUGAAGGGACACAGGCCUGAACAGAACCUGUGCUUCGGGGAGCAGUGGGGAGAACAGAGCGUCUCAGAGGCUUGUUUCACUCUCUAGUGUAAGUCUUCUGUGCCUUUUCUGUUCUAAAGAAACUUUUGGAAUUGCCACCUGCUUAUUGUAUUUUUUUGUUCUCUUUAAACUGCUCUGACAAGUUCAAUACAACAUUUCCCACUUAAAAAAAAUAGGCAGUAUGAAUAUCACACAAAGAGCAGUGGAUGAGCCUUUAAAUAUCAGGCAAAAUAAACAGACCAGAAGAAUAUGGACAUUCUAGAAGCUGAGGCAUUUUUUAAAUAGCUGUUUUGUUUUUAUAAUUACUUUGUUUGGAUAAAUGUUAAAAAAAAAUAAGUGGACAGCAAAGUUAACAGAAUAAAAAUAGAGCCUGCUUUGAAAUA